UGCUUUUCCACUCUGUAGAAAUUUCUUAAACUAUCUUAUCUUGCAAAGAAAACCUAAAUAUUGUAAAUAAAGGUUCAAACUUCCAACAGAUGCAGAAAUUUAUGAUGCUUAUUAUUUUUGAAAAAAAAAAAAUCGUUAAAAGGAUACGGCCAAGGAAAAGCAAGGGCUGGAAAAAAAAUUCUUGAGAAGGUCAGGGCCCACCAUGCCCCCCUGUGCUCGGCUAGUGGAGUAGAGAAACGAUUAUUCCCCAUUUUCUAACAACCAGUUUUGAAGGAGUGGUUUACUUUUCCACCUGAGGUGUGCCCGGCUGGCAGUGGAGUGGAGAUCUAGGAAGUUGGACCUAGCCCAUAUUUUUCUUUAGGAGGGGAAGGGUGUUGACCAAUCGUGGUCGCUGAAAGUGAUGUCAUUCUUUUUGGAGCGCGAAAAUAUCCGAAUCCUUUAGCGUCGCAUUUUUCAUUGCAUUGGAAUUGGAAGUUGCAACUGUUUUUUGUGAAGGGGAAAUGGCAGAAACGAAGCGCGUUUCAAAAGAGCAACUCUGCAUAAUGCUGGAUUGGAUGGAAGACAAUAAUAAGUUAUUUACUAACCAAUUAACAAAUGACUUCACCAAUCAGGACAAAAAAAAGAUGUGGACUGCAUUAACCGCCACUUUGAAUGCACAAGGAGGGUGCAAAAAGAGCACAGACAAGUGGAUGAGGGCAUGGAUUGAUUGGAAGUCAAGCGUGAAAAAGAAGGCCGCCGAGAUCAUCAAAGAAAAUAAUAAAACUGGCGGGGGUUCACCUUCUGGCAAGCAGCUGAGUGAGCUGGAGGCAAGAUGUGCGGCCCUCUUAGGCAGAACAGCCAUAACAGGAAUGGAAGAAAUUCCCUCCACUGCCAGUGAUGAAGAAAUAUCCGCAGAAACCCUAAGGAGGCCCCUUCAGGAAAUUAGCUGUAGCAAGAGGCCCCUUAUGGAAAACGACAGCGGCAGCAGCAGCAAAAAAAAGAGAAAUGAGGUGCCCCUACAGGAAAUAGUAGAUUUACAAGAAUGACAAGAUACCAGUAUGGAUAAAAUGGGGGAAAAAAUCGACAGACUGACUGCCGCUGUCGAAAACUUAACUCGCACAAUUUCCAACAUGGGAAACUUAAUGUAUGCAUCUCUCGAUCGACUAUAUAAUAAAACGCAAUA